UCCAGUCCAGUAGGAGGCGAGAAAAUCACCAGAAGUUGUUUUGCAAACCGCCAUUUAUCACGAAGAAAGAACAGUUUGAGCUCUCAAUCGAUGUUCAUCAUGAGAGAGCAGGUGGAUGUGAUCUGCUGUAAAUCAGUAGGAACUGAUCUGUCCAUGCUGGAUAUUGAUGAUUUCAUCACAGAAAUCUCUCAGCUGAAGAAAGAGGUGACGUCACUGAAGACAAAACUGAAGGAGAGAGAACUGUAUUCAUCCUGCACCUGUUUUGAGCGAGUUAAAGUUGAGAUUGAGCUGGAAAAGGUUUCCUGUCAAUCUUCAGUGUGUGUGACUGAUGGGACCUCCACAGAAUAUCAGGAUUCAGUGUGGAGCGGCAGAGAUCAGUCCACACCACAGCAGCUGCUGGACAAACUCUCUGAACAGAGAUCCAGAGACACACAGGACUCACAGCUCACUUUACUCUGUUCUACUGAUGCUCAGGAGAGUGUGUGUGACAGUAAUCAGGGUGAUCAAACCUCCACAGAGUCUCUGACUUCUGUCUGUAACGCUGGAGAACAGCAGAUGCUGCAGACACCAGUGAAGAUUGAAGUGAAGCAGGAGGACAUCAAAGAAGAAAUCACAGCAGAGGAACAACAGAGAGAUGAAGGUGAUGAUGAACAGCAGACGUUGCAGACAUCAGUGAAGAUGUGUUCAGUGAAGCUGCUGGACUGCAGGAAUUUGAUGAAGAUGAGAGUAGAAACCACAGCAGAGGAACAAGAGAAUGAUGAUGAUGAUGAUGAUUUUAUUCCCUCAGAGCUGAUGAACGAGCAAGAUGAACCUCUAGAGCUGAAUGAAGUGGAGGAGAAACUUCAGGAUCAUAAACAUCAUGAUUUAAUACCUGGAGAAAAAUCUUUGAGUGGCUCAAAGACUAAGAAGAAUUUCUCACCAAAAAAGCCUCAAAGAAGAGCAGCCAAAAAUACUUCAACCUGCUCUCAGUGUGGAAAGAGUUUCACAUGUGAAAGCCAGCUUAAUAUACACAUGAGAAUUCACACAGGAGAGAGGCCUUACACGUGCCAUCAGUGUGGAAAAAGUUUUGCACAAACACAAAAUCUCACACUUCAUUUUAGCUGUCACUCUGGAGAAAGACCAUUUGAAUGUGAUAAGUGCGGUAAAACAUUUGUUUUGGCAACAUACCUACAAAAACAUCUGAAAACGCAUACAAAUGAGAAGCCUUACAAAUGCUUUUUUUGUGGAAAACGUUUUUCAUGCCAGUCCUAUUGUAAAGAACACCAGAAAAUACAUACCGGUGCUGGGGUUCAUAUGUGCUUUGAAUGUGGGAAGAUCUUUAUUACAGCCGGAGACUUGAAACAGCACCAAAGAAUUCAUACUGGAGAAAAACCUUACAAGUGCUCACUCUGUGGAAAGAGUUUCAAUCAUUCACAACAACUGAAAAUACAUGAGAGAAUUCAUACUGGAGAAAAACCGUACAAGUGUUCACUCUGUGGAAUGAGUUUCCCUUUGUCACAACACCUGAAAAUACAUGAGAGAAUUCAUACUGGAGAAAAACCUUACAAGUGCUCACACUGUGGAAAGAGUUUCCCUUGGUCACAGAGCCUGAAAACACACGAGAGAAUUCAUAUUGGAGAAAAACCUUACAAGUGCUCACUCUGUGGAAAGAGUUUCACUCAGUCACAACACCUGAAAAAACACGAGAGAAUUCAUACUGGAGAAAAACCUUACAAGUGUUCACUCUGUGGAAAGAGUUUCCCUUGGUCACAACACCUGAAAAUACAUGAGAGAAUUCAUACUGGAGAGAAACCUUACAAGUGUUCACUCUGUGGAAAGAGUUUCAGUCAUUCACAACAACUGAAAUCACACGAGAGAAUUCAUACUGGAGAAAAACCUUACAAGUGUUCACACUGUGAAAAGAGUUUCCCUCAGUCACAACACCUGAAAAAACACGAGAGAAUUCAUACUGGAGAAAAACCUUACAAGUGUUCACUCUGUGGAAAGAGUUUCAGUCAUUCACAAUACCUGAAAAAACACGAGAGAAUUCAUACUGGAGAAAAACCUUACAAGUGUUCACACUGUGAAAAGAGUUUCCCUCAGUCACAAUACCUGAAAAAACACGAGAGAAUUCAUACUGGAGAAAAACCUUUCAAGUGUUCACUCUGUGGAAAGAGUUUCUCUCAGUCACACAGCCUGAAAACACACGAGAGAAUUCAUACUGGAGAAAAACCUUUCAAGUGUUCACUCUGUGGAAAGAGUUUCUCUCAGUCACACAGCCUGAAAACACACGAGAGAAUUCAUACUGGAUAAAAACCUUUCAAGUGUUCACUCUGUGGAAAGAGUUUCACUCAGUCACAACACCUGAAAAAACACGAGAGAAUUCAUACUGGAGAGAAACCAUAACACAUGCUUUUGAUUUGGGAAAAGUUUAAAUGCAGCAAGUAAUCUAUAUACACAUGUAAAAAUGUUUUGCCCAAGUAGUCACAGUGAGAAGACAACAUCUUCAUGUCCAAUGAUAUCGAGUAAAUAGUUUGAAAUACAGAUAAACCCAAAGAUUAAAUUUUCUUCCAAAAGAGCUGCAUCAUCUAAAGCACAUUCAGAUCGCCAGCCUGUUGUUGAUUCCCUGCAGAGGUGUGGGAUGGUGUCUUGAGAAUUCAUACUGGAGUAAAACCUUACAAGUGCCCCCGCCCCCCGUCAUAGGGGUAUAAAAGGGAGGCUUUCGCUCUGCUCGACACUACACUGUGGUUCUGUGUUUGUCCUAUGUUGUUUUAUGUAGCACCAUGGUCCUGGAGGAACGUUGUCUCGAUUUGCUGUGUACUGUACUAACUGUAUAUGGUUGAACGACAAUAAAAUCCUCUGUAAUGUGAUGGGGCCUAAAUCUUGACUGAAACUCUUCAUAUAUUCCAUUUCUCUGUAGAAAUUAAGCUAAUUGGGAGGACACUAGUUUUUCUAGUAUUUUUGACAUAAAUGUUAGAUUUAAAACGGUCUGUAAUUAGCCAAUUCUCCAGGAUCAAGCUGUGAUCUCUUAAUAUGCGGUUUUAUAACUGCCAUUUUAAAGAUUCUUGAGACAUGCCCAAAGG